AUGACAAUAGUGGUGCCCCCAGGGGCGGUGAACGCGGGCACUAUGAAUAACAUGCUCUUCCCCCCGCCCGUGGGCAUGACUGCCACUACGGGGCUCUCUCCCUGCUGGAUAGCCUGCAUGGCUGGGUCCUGGACCCCCCAGAACUACAUAUCAGGCCACCUAGUCAUAUGCUGGGCAGCUGCCUCCAGAUCCAUGGUAGCCAACUAG